AUGGUCGAACAAACUUUUUUAGAAACUGGAUAUCAUGUAGCUCAUUUUAUUGCUUGUCAGAAGCACAUGAAAUUAAGGGGAUUAGCGCUCCGAGCAAUAUUGGAUCAAUGUACAGAUCCGGCUGGCACUUUUGCCAAACGACAUAAUAAAUGGUUGGAAAAUAGUAUAAACAUUGCUGAAAAUUGGAAAGGCAUGGUUAAGCUCCCAAAAGAUCAAAUUCUUGGCGGCGCAUUCGUGGAUGCGCAUCGAAGCUCACCAGAAAUGGGUAAAAUGCUCAAGGAAAGUGCAGAGGCAGAGUUCGAGUCAGAGGUCGAAGAUGCAAAAACCCAGAUUCGGCUCUGGGUGUCAAAUGAUAUUGAACGUUUCAGGGCAAGUUUGCAAAGAGACAUUGCGCAAAGUGGCGCCGAUCCUGAUCGUGAAACCAUGCUCGGAUUCUUCGAAGAAUGGUCGGCUUGGAAUGACAUGACCUACGAACAAAGCUGUAAAUUGAAUGAUACAGAGCUUCAUCCUGAGUGUCACUUGAUCUUCUCGACUAUUCAGUUUGCAAUCAAAGACAUGAAACAUCGCCUGAGUAUCAUUGAAGAAGCUCAAUCCUAUAGCGAGUAUGAGGACCGUGCGGCUGCGAAUCAAGCAUACAUUGAUGUUAUUGAAGCAUAUCGGACCUACGAGAAUCCUGAAGACCCUGCGGCUUCUGACAAAGUAUAUGCUCAGGAAGUCGCGAGGCACUUAACGCAACCAUAA